AUGUUUGGUCUUGAUACUGCUGGAAAAAGAACUAUGCUUUAUAUAUCAAAACUUGCCGAAGUCAUAACAACAAUAUCAACAAUUGGUCUCAAUAUUGAAACAGUAUCAGCAGUUGUUUUUGUUGUCGAUUCAAAUGAUCGUGAUAGAAUCGACGAAGCAUGUAACGAAUUACAUGAGAUGGCAAAUGAAGAAUUAUUAAAAAAUUUAUCUAUUCUCAUAUUUGCUAAUAAACAAGAUUUACCAAAUGCUUUAACAUUUGAUGAAAUCAAAGAAAAACUAAACUUAUCAAAAUUAGAUGAAAUGAAAUCAAAAUGGUAUUUACAACCUUCAAUAGCUAUUACGUCAGCAGUUAUUUUUGUUGUCGAUUCAAAUGGUCGUAAUAGAAUCGACGAAGCAUGUGACGAAUUACAUGAGAUGGCAAAUAAAGAAUUAUUAAAAAAUUUAUCUAUUCUCAUAUUUGCUAAUAAACAAGAUUUACCAAAUGCUUUAACAUUUGAUGAAAUCAAAGAAAAACUAAACUUAUCAAAAUUAGAUGAAAUGAAAUCAAAAUGGUAUUUACAACCUUCAAUAGCUAUUGUAGGUGAAAGUAUUCAUGAAGGUUUUGAAUAG